AUGGAACAAAAUCAUAGGUUAGCUCUUGAUGAUGGACCCUUAUUUGACAAACCAGAACAUUAUCGACGGCUUAUUGGUAAACUUAUAUACUUGACAGUCACCAGACCUGAUUUGAGCUAUGUGGUUCAUGUUUUAUCACAGUUCAUGCAGGCGCCACAUGUAACACUCCGUGUAUACCCGGUUCUUACACCACGUGAGACACAUUUUCAUGCGGUUACUCGUGUUCUGCGUUACAUAAAAAUGAGUCAAGGGAAGGGUGUUUUGUUGUUUUCUAUUAGUGAUUUAAAGUUACAUGGUUAUUGUGAUUCGGAUUGGGCAUCAUGUCCCCUUACACGGCUGUCUGUUACAGGUUAUUUUGUCAUGCUUGGUCACUCUCUUGUAUCUUGGAGAACAAAGAAACAAGUCAUCGUAGCUCGUUCUUCAGCAGAGGCCUAA